CAACCCUAAAAGCAACCAGCAGGUGAAAAGGUAAAAUAUAUAUUUUGGUUUUUUCGUAUUCCGCGUCAACCGAGUAAAGCCCCUUACGAAUCAAUCUUACGGAGGCAAGAGCCAGUCAAGCCGGAGAAGCCAUGUCGGCGUUUACGGAAUCCGCGCUAAUGAAAAAACUCGCGGAAUUAAACAGCAGCCAACAGUCGAUCCAAACUUUAUCCUUGUGGCUGAUUCACCACCGCAAACACAGUGCGGUGAUAGUGAAGACCUGGCAGCGGGAGCUGGAGAAUGUGCCGGAGCCCAAGAAGCUGACUUUCAUGUACUUGGCCAACGAUGUGAUUCAGAACAGCAAAAAGAAGGGCCCGGAGUACGGAAAGGAGUUCAGUCAUGUUCUGGCUAAGGUUUUCUCCCACAUCGGCGAGAAGUGCAACUCGGAUAAACUUUUAGGCAGCCUCGGACGCAUCUUAAAUAUUUGGCUGGAGCGCGGAGUUUACGAUCCGAAGGCUAUCGGUGACUGGCGUGCGCGGUUGCACCGUGAAGCCAGCAAUGGUGGGGCGGGCGGCAGCAGCACCAAUGGCAGCAAGUCUGGCGGGGAUCCGGAAAAAUCCGAGAAAGAGCGGGAGCACAGAUCGGAGAAGUCCGAGCGCCGGGAGAAGCGUAAACAUGAGGAGCGGCACUCCAAGUCCAAGCGUUCCCGUCAACACCACCACCAAAGCAGCAACAGCAGUGCUAACGCUGGGCCAUCUGCCGAGGAGCCUGCCGGCGCCGCCCAACCAGAAAACGGACAUACGCCACCCUACCUACCGUUGGGCGAACCCCCUGAACCGGAGGAGCUGAUCAAGGCGCUGACCAGCAUCGAGAACUCGGCCUCUAGUGAUGCUGUGGUGCGGGAGCGGAUUGCUAAGCUUCCCCAGGAAAUAUCUGAAAUCAGCUGCAUCAGCAAGCUGGAGGAUAAGGACAAGGCCAAAGCACUGGCGAGGCAGGUCAACGAGGCUGUGGAUCUGCUAAACGACUACAACGCCCGGCUGGCUGCAGAAAUGGAGGAACGCACCAAGCUCGCUACCAUGCUGCGCGAUUUUCAAGCGGAACAGAAGGAGUUGCUGUCCCAGGCCGAACAACGCCUCGAUGAACACAAGAAGAAGCUAGCCAAGAUGCUGGGCCUGCAGAAGGAGAUCCACGACCACCUUUCCAACCUGCCCGACUUGACUCAGCUGCCGGAUGUGACUGGCGGACUGGCACCCCUGCCCUCUGCUGGCGAUCUCUUCAACGCACUGCACUGAUCCGUUGCCUGAUCAUCUUGCUCAAGAGGAGCUACCUAAAGUUACAUAUAUACAAUUAUAUAUAUUCAGUUUUCUUCAUAUUCCCCUCUGUCAUCCUGUCCUCCCUGUCUUUAAUUCAAUUGCCCUUUAUUGGCCGUU